GUGAAAGUUUCAUAUUUUGUUGUUUACUCCGUCGCACGCACACACUUGAGUGCAGUAGUACUGGUCGCACUUACACUUAAAUGUAAUUAUUUACGUGGCUUCGUCCUGGGUUAUUUUAAAAAUUUUGGUAGCUGAAUUGUAACUAAAAUGUUAGACUUUGUGGUUGUCUUUACAAAAGGAGGCGUAGUGCUGUGGAAUUCAAAUGAAUCGGGCAAAAACUUCUCAAACUGUAUAAACAGCUUGAUACGUGGCGUUAUAUUGGAGGAGCGAAAUACGGAGUCAAAAUACUUUGAAGAGGAUCAUUUGGCAGUUCAAUUUAAGCUGGACAAUGAACUCGACUUGGUCUACGCGGCGGUAUUCCAAAAAGUUAUCAAACUUAACUACCUGGACGACUUUCUGGCCAAUAUGCAGCUGGCGUUUAAAGAAAAGUUUGGCCAAGUUUCCGCACAAGAGCGUCUUGCUGAAGAGUAUGAGUUCGAGGAAGAGUUUAGAAGCGUUCUGAGCGCUGCUGAGGAGGCUUCCGUAAAACAAGGAAAGCAGCCAAAGGCAAUGCGUAGCUAUAAUGAGUCUUUGAAAUCGAAGAAAACCGUCGCAUCCAUGAUUCAGGACGACAAGAAGUCUGCGCCGACGGAGAAGCGAGUUAACAUUCAGGAAAGUCCACCACCAUCCAAAUUGCAAUCAUCACCGCGCAGCUCCGAGGAUAUUAUUCAGGAAAAUCGUCGCAAGCUACGUGAGAAGCUGACGCCACCCAGCAAAAAGGUGACCAUUGAGGCUACAAAGGUCACCAAAAGCAGUACUGCAGAAAAGGAGAAGGCAGGUAAGAAACCUAGAGUUUGGGAUCUGGGCGGCAGUUCCAAGGACGCAGUGCUGCUGGAUCGCUCUAAGGAUGCGCCUGAGGAUGUUCAGGUGCAAAGCAUCAAUAAUGAUCUGGUAGGCACCAUGCAGGGCAGCAUACGUGACUUGCAAGUGGAAAGCGAUACGGAUGACGAGAACGAUACGAGCGACAGCGGGAGCGAUGAUGAGCAGCAACCACGUCAGUCAAACAAUGUAGCACAGAAGAAAGUUAAAAGCGGUGGACUGUUAUCCUAUUUCAAGGGCAUUGUAGGUGCGAAGACAAUGGCACUCAAUGAUUUGCAGCCAGCGCUGGAGAAGAUGCGUGAUCAUUUGAUAUCAAAAAAUGUCGCAUCUGAGAUUGCCAUCAAGCUCUGCGAUUCUGUGGCCACCUCACUGGAGGGUAAGCAAAUGGGCACAUUUGAUAGCAUUGCCAAUGUGGUCAAGGAUGCGUUGACGCAAUCCUUGGUGCGUAUAUUAUCGCCCAAGCGACGCAUUGACAUCAUACGUGAUGCGCUGGAAUGCAAGCGCAAUGGGCGCCCUUACACAAUUAUUUUUUGCGGCGUUAAUGGCGUGGGCAAGUCCACCAAUCUGGCAAAGAUUUGCUUUUGGCUUAUAGAAAAUGACUUCAAUGUACUGAUAGCUGCCUGUGAUACCUUCCGUGCGGGCGCUGUGGAGCAACUACGCACGCAUACGCGUCAUUUGAAUGCACUGCAUCCAGCAACAAAACAUAAUAAUCGCACUAUGGUGCAACUUUACGAGAAGGGGUACGGCAAAGAUGCCGCUGGCAUUGCCAUGGAGGCCAUCAAAUAUGCGCAUGAUACUAAAGUGGAUGUGGUGCUGGUGGAUACCGCUGGUCGCAUGCAGGAUAAUGAGCCACUGAUGCGUUCCCUUUCCAAGCUCAUCAAGGUUAACAAUCCUGAUUUAGUGCUGUUUGUGGGCGAGGCGCUUGUCGGCAACGAAGCCGUUGAUCAACUGGUCAAGUUCAAUCAAUCCCUGGCCGACUACUCAUCUAACGAGAAUCCUCAUAUUAUCGAUGGCAUUGUGCUAACCAAAUUCGAUACAAUUGACGACAAGGUUGGCGCUGCGAUAUCAAUGACGUAUAUUACUGGCCAGCCCAUUGUCUUUGUGGGCACUGGACAAACCUAUGCGGACCUCAAAGCCAUUAAUGUUAAUGCCGUAGUAAAUUCGCUUAUGAAGUGAAGCAUAUAUAAAUCGGAUAGGCUUCUAUUGUUUCCUUUUUUUUUGGUUAAUUAAAUUUUUUAAUACAUACAUACCUAAUUUGCUUAAUGUUUGCGUUUGACUUAAGAGCUAUUACUGCUACUGGGACCACAA